AUGCAAUUCCCAAAGCCCCUCCUCCUCACUCUCACCCUCGCCUCCGUCCCCGCCCAGGGCUACGUCAUCACAAUCUUCGACGGCAAGGACUGCGCCGGCGCCAGCAAGAGGGUCAACGUCUACGACAACACGUGCCGGGACGGCGACGUGCUCGACACGGCGUCGCUCCGCGUCGAGACGUACGGCGCCCGCCUCCAGAAGGCGGACGUCUACCCGUCGCACAGCUGCGGGACCGUCCGGAUCGCCUCGUGGGCCGCCGACGGCGGGAGCGGCGGCCCCUUCAGGCAGGGUGACUGUCUCAAUCUGGAGAAGACGGCCAGGGCCUUCGGGUCGCGGAGCGGGUGA